AUGCAAAGCCAUACUUUAAGACCAGUGAUCAACGUAAAAAUGUUAAAAAGUGGUAUAAUUGUUCCGUCACAUUCUCCGUGGUCAUCACCGGUGGUGUUACUGCGAAAGCCAAAUAGAGAAUUUCGAUUUAUUAUUGAUUACAGACGGCUCAAUUCGAUUACCAAAAAGGAUUCUUAUCCACAACCUACGGUUGAGGAACUGUUACAACGCUUAGGUGGUCAUUCUUGGUUUACCAAAUUAGAUUUGAACACCAUACUUGAUAUUCCUCAAUCCACAACACUGGCUCAAGCAAAUAAAUUUAUUGGAAAAAUUGGAUGGUAUAGGAAAUUUAUUCUAAAGUUUGCUGAAUUAGCUGCUCCUAUCCAUAAAGUCACCAACAAGACAAAGAAGAAAAACCAAGAAUUUUAUCGGCAUGAGGAUCAGGUUCAAGCAGCAAAUAAGUUAAAACAAGUAUUAACAGAAGAACCACUAGUAUUGAAGUAUCCUCAUCCAACUGCACCGUUUAUUUUGGCUACUGAUGCAUCGGAGUAUGCGAUUGGCGGCACAUUAAAACAAAUUACAGACGGUCAAACUCAUUAUAAUUACUUUCUAUCUAAAUUGUUAACACCAACCGAGAAGAAUUAUUCAACAAUAGACCGAGAGGCAUUGGCCAUCUUUUGGUGCAUCGAAAAAUUGCAGCAGUACUUAGGUGGAAGGGAUGUCAUCAUUCAUUCGGAUCGCAAACCAUUGGAACAAUUUCACAAAAAGCGGAAAUUCAAUAGCAAACGAAUUGCGGAAUGGUUAAUUAAACACCAAGAUAUACUUCCACAAAUAAUAGAAGUCAAAUACAGAAAAGGUCGAAAUCAUGGUGAUGCAGAUGGCAUGUCACGACCAGAAGUCAAUGAUCAACAGCCAUCAUUAAAUAUUAUGACGAGAUCAAUGACGAAAACUGUUGUUCGUCGCACAUCAAAUAGUAACGCCAACGAAUCAAUUUCAAUAACUAAUGAUGAUACUCCGGUAUCGACCGUAAUGACAUUCGAUUUCAGUUUCGAACGCAUUAGUGAGGAACAGAAGCGUGAUCCUCAAAUAGCUCACAUCAGGAAACAAUUAUCCAGACGAAACACCAGUGAUCCAACUUAUAUAAUAGAAAAUGAUGUUUUAUACAAAACGAUACGACUACCAUCUGCAUUUACUAAAACUAAACUAAUAUAUAUUCCAUUAUCAAUGCACGAGGAAGUGAUUCGAUGUUAUCACGAUCAUCCAACUGGUGCUCAUUUUGGACUCAAUCGAACCUGA